CAGAGCUGUGGUAGAAGCAGUACAUAGGCUGGAUCUCAUUCUUGGAAAUAAGGCAGCUUAUCAAGAAGUAUUCAAACCAGAGAACAUCAGCCUGAGAAACAAGUUACGUGAAUUGUGUGUAAAGCUGAUGUUCUUGCAUCCAGUGGAUUAUGGGAGAAAAGCAGAGGAACUGCUGUGGAGGAAGGUUUACUACGAAGUUAUCCAGCUGAUUAAAACAAACAAAAAGCACAUUCACACCCGUAGCACUUUGGAGUGUGCGUACCGGACUCACCUCAUCGCCGGCAUCGGGUUUUAUCAGCAUCUUCUUCUCUACAUCCAGUCUCACUAUCAGCUGGAGCUACAGUGUUGUAUUGACUGGACACACGUUACAGAUCCGUUAAUAGGCUGUAAGAAGCCCGUCUCUGCAUCGGAGAAGGAGAUGGAGUGGGCUCAGAUGGCCUGCCACCGGUGCCUGGUUUAUCUGGGCGAUUUAGCUCGCUAUCAGAAUGAAUUAGCCGGUGUGGAUACAGAAUUACUGGCUGAGAGGUUCUACUAUCAAGCCAUUUCUGUCGCACCCCAGAUUGGUAUGCCCUUUAAUCAGCUCGGGACAUUAGCAGGGAGUAAAUAUUACAAUGUGGAAGCCACUUACUGCUACUUGCGCUGUAUCCAGUCAGAAGUCUCCUUCGAAGGUGCCUAUGGAAAUCUCAAACGCUUGUAUGAGAAGGCUGGCAAAAUGUAUCACCAGCUGAAAAAAUGUGAAACCAGGAAACUCUCACCGAGUAAAAAAAGAUGCAAAGACAUUAAAAGGUUACUGGUGAGUUUUAUGUACCUGCAGAGUCUGCUUCAGCCAAAGAGCAGCUCUGCAGACUCUGAGCUGACCUGUCUCUGCCAGUCAGUCCUGGAGGAUUUCAACCUCUGCCUGUUCUACUUGCCUUUGUCCCCCAAUAUGAGCUCUGCCAAUGAUGACGAAGAGGAGUGUGAAAGCGGAUACUCCUUUCUGCCAGAUCUCCUCAUCUUCCGGAUGGUCAUCGUCUGCCUGAUGAGCGUCCACAGCCUCAAAAGGGCAGGCUCUAAGCAGUAUAGCGCAGCCAUUGCGUUCACCCUAGCUCUCUUCUCCCACCUCAUCAACCACGUCAAUAUUCGCCUCCAGGCAGAGCUAGAAGAUGGCGAAAGCUCCGUUCCGGCAUUUCAGGAUGACGGCACAGAGGAUCCAGAAGCCCGGGAACCGUUGAACGCCCUUGAGAGGGAAGCAGAGUCCGACCCGGCCGUUCGCCAACCCAGCGAGGAGCAAAGAAAGAGCGAGAGCAAAAAGGGAAAGAAAUAUUCGCGCCUCUCUUGCCUGCGCCGCCGCCGGCACGCCCAGAAGGUGGACGAGAGCGACCUGAGCGAGGGCUUUGACUCGGAUUCCAGCCCGGAUUCCACCAAGGGAAGCGACGGCUCCGAGACCGGUUCGGAGAAGAGCGACGAAGAGGCCGAGGCCGCUUUCGACGUGGAGACGGACUCCGACAUGAACAGCCAAGAGUCCCGCUCGGACUUGGAGGACCUGGCGGACGAGCCGGAGACAGAGGGCGGAGGCCCCGGGCGGCCUGCAAAGAACGGGGUGAGGGAGGGUCUAGACCCGGCGGAAGGAGACGGCGAUCGGCCGGUGGACUUGAAAAGCCCCGGCGUUGCCAAGACGGAGGCUCCGGAGCCUGUCGCCAACGGGCCGGGCUCCUUAGGCACCAGCGAUGCCAGCAUCGCCAGCAACCUCCAAGCCAUGUCGACCCAGCUCUUCCAGACCAAGCGUUGCUUCCGGUUGGCCCCCACCUUCAGCAACGUGCUCCUCAAGCCGAACUGGGAAGCGUCCGCGCAGAGAGAGGCCGCCAGCAACAAGCCUUGCGUCAAUGGGGAUGCGGAGAAGUCCGGCGUUCCUGAACAAGAUGAUGCUUCCGAGUCAGAAGAAAGCGUUUCCAGUGGCAAAUCUUGCAGGAAUGAGCGUACUCUCCAGGAGAAACUGGGGGUCCUGACCAUUGAAGGGUUGCUUCCUACCGUCAAGGUGUUCCUGGAUUGGCUGAGAACAAACACUGACCUCAUCCUUAUGUGCGCGCAGAGUUCUCAAAGUUUGUGGAACAGGCUGUCUGUCCUUCUCAACCUUCUUCCUUCAGCAGGAGACCUGCAGGACUCUGGGCUGUCGCUGUGCCAAGAGGUGAAGAGCCUCCUUCCCGGGUGCGAACGUCCGGAGCUGAACGGCGGCUUGCUUCUGCCGGAAGAUGUGGCCCUCCGGAAUCUCCCUCCGCUGAAGAACGCUCACAAGAAGUUCAACUUCGAGCAGGACAGGCCGGUCCUCACGGAAGUGGAGGAGUCCGUGGUUCGCAUCUGUUGCAUCCGGAGUUUUGGUCACUUCAUUACCCGCUUGCAAGGCAGCAUCUUGCAGUUCAAUCCGGAGGUUGGCAUCUUCAUCAGCAUUGCCCAGUCGGAACAAGACGGCUUGCUUCAGCAGGCCCAGGCGCAGUUCCGCAUGGCUGCGGAGGAAGCUCGCCGGAACAGGCUUAUGAGAGAUAUGGCCCAGCUUCGGCUGCAGCUGGAGGUGUCACAGCUGGAAGGAAGCCUUCAGCAGCCCAAAGCACAGUGCGUGAUGUCCCCUUACCUGGUUCCAGAUACCCAGGCCCUUUGCCAGCAUCUCUCAACCAUCCGGCAGCUGGCAGCCAGUGGCAGAUUCAUUGUUAUCAUUCCCCGGACAGUAAUUGAUGGCUUAGAUUUCCUGAAGAAAGAGAAUGCAGGAGCUCGGGACAGUAUCCGAUAUUUAGAGGCAGAAUUUAAAAAGGGAAACAGAUACAUCCGUUGCCAGAAAGAAGCCGGGAAAAGUUUUGAGAGACAUAAGCUGAAGAGGCAAGAUUUAGAUGCUUGGAACCUCUAUAAGAUCCUGGACAGCUGCAAACAGCUGACAGCCUCUCAGGGAGGUACCGAAGACGAUACGUCGGGGAUGGUGACUAUUAUCACCGGUUUUCAGCUGGAUGACCCCGGCAAACUUUCUGCACCGAUGCAGUCGGCGCUCCAAGCCGCCGCCAGUGCCAGCGUUGAAAUAAAAAACGUCCUGGACUUCUACAAGCAGUGGAAGGAAAUGGGUUGAGGAGGGAGAAAAAGCCGCUGGGUUGGUUGAAGCUCUUGUCUCCCCAUCUUUGGGACACGCAGCGUUGGAAUGGAAGGCGUCGAAUCACAGGCGAUGGAUGGACACGAAGCAGCCGCCACAGCAAAAACCCACCAAAAAAAACCACACACCAAAUCACCGGGGCGUGUUUGCCAAAGGCACGCGCAGGUGUGGACAAGCACCCCCCCCCGCCCUCAUCUCCCCUGUUCCAGGACAGGUGAUGUCUGCGGGCAGGGAAGAGAGACGGAUCUCAGCCAGACCAUCAAGGAGAGGCGAUCUCCUUUCUCCCUGCUGCGAUGAGGGGGCAGACAAGGCUGGCCGGUGGGAAGGGGUGCCAUUCAUCUACAUACAUACAAAAAAAAAAAGCUUGCUUGAUCUCUCAUUUUCCAGAAAUCCGCAGGCAGGUGUGUUUUGUUUUGUUUUUUUAACGUCUGCGCUUGAAACGAAAUGGGGGGAGAAAAAAUGUCGAGUGGUCUGGCACCGUAUCCACCCUACAGGAACGAGGAUCCAAAAAAGCCGGUGAGCCCAAAGGAAAGCGACAAGAAAACCAGAUUUUCUGUUAAGAGGCUCUUGUGGAAUCUGGUGGUGGGGAAGUGGACGUAUAAUCUUCAUCUUUUUUAGUGUGUGUGUGUGAGGUUUUUGUUCCCCCCCCCCUUUUUUUUUAAUGCAUUCGCUGAACUCUUCUCUAAAUUCCUAGUGUAGAGGGCACAUUUUCUGGAUCUCCGGAUGUUGGGAAAAGAUACGAAGGUGGCAAGGAGCAAUCAUCUGACGUGGCUCUUUUUAUAAGGUGUUUCAGUACGGAAACAUUAUUUAUUUGUUCCUUUUUCCUUCUGGAGAAGGGCAGGAAGAGUUAUCUGUUUUAAAAAAGGAAGGAAAUUAUUAUCUCUCCCCUACUUCCCUUCUGUUGUCAUGCCUUAUUUCUAUCUCUCUUUCUGUCUCCCCAAACCCUCAUUUUGGAUCCUCUUUUCUUUUUGCAUAAAUUGUCAUUUUUGUGUGACUGUUCAUAGGCUUAGCACAGCUCCUCCGGCGUCUUAAAAAGGCCGUCCCUUCCCUGUUGAUCCUUCCGUUUUUCCUGCCACCUGCUGAUUUCGAUUUAGUCUUUACCGUGAAAACAGAGGGACAUGUGCCCUGGGGGGGGAGUUUGAAGCAGUUUUCAUGGUUUAGAAGGAAGAUGAGGGAGGCUUGCCUUUCACAAAAUGCGUUGGAGAGGAUUUUUAAAAAAAACCUAGCUUGCAGGAUAAGAAAGGAGCACUCCUUCCCCCCCCAAGUAUUCCUUUACAACUUAACAUCCAGAAAGGGCGAAUAAGGCCAGCUAACAUUCUGGAACGGCUUCUCCCCAUGCUCUGCUUCCAGCCCUCUGUUCGUUAGUGCCAACGUCUUAUUAAAAGUUCACCCGGGAAAGGAUUUAAAAGUGGGGAACACGUUGGUCAGCCUUGAAAAGGGGCCCAAUCCACCUGAGUGCCUUGAGCACUCAGGCCCGGGGGGGGGUCUGACGUUUCCUCUUUGAUUCCUCUCACCUGCCUUGGUUUUUAGCCACCCUGAUAUGAUACUUGGAGAGGUUUAUUUCCCCCCCCCUUUUUUUUUCCCACGAAGAGUAGGUCUUACAUUUCAGUCCCGUCCAGUCCCCUCCAGUCAGGGGGAAAGGGUUGAUUUGCCACUCAGUGCAUUUUGCUCCCUUUCCGAAAAUGAGCCCUUUUGACCUUCCCCCAUCCAGUUUACUCCAGGCACCAAUGCCGGGUCUGAUCGGCUGCUCUUCCAGCGCUGCCGUCUUCUGCAGAGGGGAUCUGCGGAGUUGGCACUGGCCUGUACGUCCCUUGAUUGCUUCUGAAUUGGCUCGCCUUUCUGCUUUCAUUUCAGCGGGGUGCUAAACGGAGCCUGCUUCCCUUUUGCGCCGCGAAUCUCUGUGUUUGCCUCUCCUUGCUGCGGCUCGCGGUCCUUUUACAAAACGGCAUCCCCCGAUGUUCUCAGAAACGGGUCAAGCUGUCCGCGGUGGAAAGGCUCUGGUGUCUCAAAACCACACGCUUCCCCCCCCCCAAAAAAAGUUUUACAGGUAUGGAUCGCCCUAUUUUAAAAAUAAGGCUGAGAUUAUACCCACAUGGGGGUACGAUGCUUGGAGAGCGUCGGAUCCAACAGUGUGGAGAGGAAGGUUCUGAAGAACCCGCGCCAGCCAGGGUGUGCCCCCUCCAGAAAGAUCUGCCUAUCCACAAAGCGAAAGUCUCCAGGCGAGGAGUCGUGGAGGAGGAAGGAGGAGAAUCCUAAAGGAGUGGAUUUAAGUUUAAGCUGUUUUAGCCCCGGAGGUGGGGUGGGGAGCAGAUUGGAAAAAAUGUCUUACACAGAAUGCUCUCUUAGAAAGGAAACAGGGUGUGCGUGUAGGUCUCUUGCAACUGAUAAACUACAAACGGGGAAGUUACCUUGCCAUAAUAAAUGUUGGCAGAUUCGAGCUUUUUAAAUAUAUAUAUAUCUUGGAAAGAGGCUGAGUGUCGUGAGUGCCAUUCUGAAUGUUUUGUCUUCUGUGCAACACGGGGUUAGGCAGAUGCCCUUUGGCAGAGUUGGGGGGGGGAAUCCGUGUAAGGUCCAGAUCGGGGCAUGGACUAUGGUGUGCAAAGACUGCCGAUAGCCACUUCUGCUCAAACACGGAGCUGAACGAUCGUCGUUGAUGGACGUUUGGGAGGACCGUCCUCCACGGCACGAGAGAGACAAUCGUCGUUUCUGUUUGAUGUAGCCUGUAAUUUAAAAAACCUUAUAUAUAUGCUUUCUGUAAUAUUAUUUUUUCUUUCUUUUGAAACAUGUUCUGGAGAAGUGAAGUGGGUUUAGGAAAUUUAAAAAGGAAAGCCUCUUUUUUUAAAAGAAAAUAGCCCAUACAAAUUGGAUGUUUUAAAAGUAAGCUUUAAUAUUUCUGCCUCCUUUUUUAGGGAAUUGGUAAACUUGUCAAAAAGUAAUCCCCCCCCCCUUGCAAGGGUUAUAAGGAUCAUCAUUGAAGGAAGAUGACACUUUCUUGAUGGGGGGGGGGAGUUAGGUUUUUUUACAGGAAUUAUUUGCAUCUUAAUGUGUUGAGAAGCAGAUUGGAGCUCUAUAAAAGGCAUCUGGCCCAAUUAUCAACCAAAUCUGUCGGGGGGGGGGGAAUUACAAGCAGAAUUUUUAUCCUGUAACAAAUAAAUUAGCAACUUGUGUCCAAAGUCAGGGUAACAGACCAUCGUCAUCCAGUGGAAGCUAACAAAACCCAUCAUUUCCUAGAGAGAGAUUGAAAAGAUUUGGGUUACCAGCAUUUUCUUUUGCUCCCACAUAGGCCAAAAAAACAGUAAGCAAGCAGCAAAUCCGGUUGUAUUCAAAAAGUGUUCAUUUCUCCUCGGUCUCCCCCAUGUCUUGGGAUUCGGUGGCAGAUUUGUCCAGAGAAGUUGGGUUGCUCGGCCACUUGGGUUUGGCCAGGGCGUGGUUAUUACAGAGGCAGGAAUAUGCUUAGUCCCUUCAAGAAAGAUGAUUCCAUCAUCAGCCCUUGUGCUAAUGGCGGGGGGUCAAACCUGGAUGGCCGGCAAACCCUGGCGACACCUGGUCAGCUUAGAAUCCGGCAGGUGGAGUGACCACUUCCACUGUCCCUAGCCAGUGUAGCUGAUGGGGAUGAUGGAAGACCAGCAGCGUUAAAAUGGUCCUACGUUCAUCUCUAAUCUACAACCUCUGUCCCUAGAGUAGGAACUCUCAAGGAAAUCAGUAGUUUUGGCUAAGUGGCAAGAAAGGGUUCAUAGGGAAAGUCAGGUUUAGUUGUGCACCAUUUUAUGGUGUUCGAUUUUUGGGUGUGUGUGUGUGUGGGGAGUUCUGGCUCGUGGGUGGCUUGUCUUUGGGAGUUGGUGAUGUUUUGGGUGGCCACCAGAAUGACCGUUAGACUCGCUAUAGGCGGCGCCGAAUGGCUCUCAAGUCUUUUCAUCUGUCGUUUUGCUUUGAACCAUUAUUGUUUUCUCUGAACGUUGUAUCUUUGUGUGUGUGUGUGUGUGUACUCCACAAAAAGAAAUUAUUUGGAGUGAGAUUCUGAGCUGUUUCGGCCUUGGGGAAGUUGCUGGCCUUGGGAGAAAGGGGGAGUUUGCUUUUGGUCCGAACUUGCGCCCUAGAAAGUACAGCUUUCAAGACGCCAGCGGAUGACCGAUCAAGACGCUGCAUUUUUGGCCUCCCGCCCCAAUGCAGCUUCUCUGUAAAAGAUGAGGGGUUUUAAAAACCAGUGUGCUCCCAAAUUUCCAGUCAAAGGCAAGGCCAGAUGCUGGUGGCUGGUAUCCGGGAAGCACAUUUCCAAUGCUCUUUGAAGGAGAUUGAGAGAGAGACAAAAUUGACCCCUGGACCCUGAUUACAUGACGCACCUUCACUCUUAUUUUGUUGGAACGCAUCAAUAGGCUUAAUAAAAAUGCAAGAUAUUUGUAACUCUU